AUGCUCCGCAUCCAGAUACAACGAGAUCUUCAGAACCCUCAAGCCUCAAUGAGUUCGCCGCAUGCAAAGCCUAGACACCCUGAUUUCUCCUUCUCUGAUGUCGAUCUUCCAUACCUCUGUCGAGGUUUAUUCCUACAGGUGGAGUCGCCUGCAUGUGGUUAUCGGCGCCCGGCGGAGAUUAGAGUAGGGCUCGCGACAGCAGCGGCGCGAUUGAUGAGGAGAGUAGGGUUGGGAAUACUUGCGGCGGCGACACAUGAGCUGGGAGUGGGGAUGGGGUCAUGGGGAUUAGAUUAG